AUGACUGUGGAUCCUUCCAGGAUGUAUAAUCUAUUACUUCUUUUGCCCUUGGCUAUGACAGAAGCUCCAGCGGAUACCUUCAUUACUCCAUUAUCAACCUUCGAUGUUGAUUCCGACACAAAUUUUGUGCUGGCAUCUUGGAAACUAAGGACCAACUUAAAGCUUCCUUGGAGGCCUCUGAUUUCUAUUGACGGAAGCACAAUUUAUGAAUUAAAUGAAGAUUACAGAAUUGUUAGACAUGUUGAGAGUUGGAACGUUUCUGCAAUUGAAGCAGUUCUGCAGAUUUUCUCCAUAAACUCUGAAAACUCAGGUGAUUGA